UUUUUAGGGCGCGUCGUCACUUUUUAUCACUAAAAGGCUUUCCCAUUCACUAAUCUUCCUUGGUUUUGUCCUACGACAGGUACGACAACAUUGGAUGCAUUUCCCUUUGAGAGAAAUUUUCCCACCAGCGCCACCUGCUUAAGUUUAGACGAGUUUUUUAAGGCUCGAAUAAUUACAAUAAUUAUUAUUUUUGAUUCUUCUGUAUAGAUCUUGAAUUGAAAGUUUUUCAGAAUUUAUUCAAAACUUUUUUUUUUUAAAUAGUUUUUGUGAUUUUUUGUAGUAAAUUUUCUCUUUAAAAAAAAAUAAAAUCUCGUAUAAAUAAGAGAAAACUAGCCAAGAGUUCGACCCUGGAGAGAGAAAGUCUAAAGAAGAAGAAGAAGGUUGACAAUCAAAAACAGUGGAGUCACGACGAGAAAUAUAAAAUAAAAAUUUUCGUGAAUAAACUGGAGAAUCAGCCAUGAGCGGACCGAUAUUCGGCAACACAAACUCCUCGGGGCUCUCCUCCACCAACAACAGCCGCCAUUUAGUGGAAUUUCGCGCCGGGCGGAUGAAUAUGGUGGGCAAGAUGGUGCAUCCGGACACCCGGAAGGGCCUCGUGUACGUCUACCAAUCCGAAGAUGGGCUAAUACAUUUCUGCUGGAAAGAUCGCACCACCGGCAACACGGAAGAUGACCUCAUCAUCUUCCCGGAUGAUUGUGAAUUCAAGAAGAUCGAGCAAUGCAACACAGGACGUGUGUACUUGCUGAAAUUCAAAUCAUCCUCGCGGAAGCUCUUCUUCUGGAUGCAGGAGACAAAGACGGACAAAGAUGAUGAGUGGUGUCGCCGUAUAAAUGAUGUCAUCAACAAUCCACCCACAAACAUCCCAUCGGGAGGUCGUGGGGACAACAGUGAUCUACAGUACAUGCUGAAUAACAUGAGCCAGCAGCAGCUGAUGCAACUCUUUGGUGGCGUUGGGCAAAUUGGUGGGCUGAGCAGUCUCUUUGGCGGCAAUGCGCGUUCCUCGGAGAGUUCCUCUGCACGCAAUACACCCUCCGGGACGGCGAGUGGGGGUACAGCUAGUGCUACGGCUGUUACACCACCCCCCGUUAGUAGCUCCGUGAGCCAACCAGCAGCCCCCAAGAAGUCCUCAAGUGGUGGUGCCAGCAAAACCACCAACAAUGGCACAGCUGCUGAAAGCACCAACUCCGGCGGUGCAGACAAGACCAAUGUUCUGCUGAGUGAGCUCCAGAGCUACCUGUCCGAGUUCUCACCGUCCGGUGUGUCCGGAAAUCAGAGGAAUCGUGGCACAAAGCCCGUGGAGUUGUCUGCAAUUCUCAACACUGAAUCCGUGGGCACUAUUGCUGGGGACGAGACCUGCCGCAAGGGAUUGGAACCACUACUACCCAAGACAGCUGCCAAGGAGCCCGUGGAUCAGCAGAUACGCGACACAGUGGCUUCACCGCAGUUCCAGCAGGCACUGUCCAUGUUCAACAAUGCCCUUCAGAGUGGCCAACUUGGUCCGGUUUUCUCGCAAUUCAAUCUGGGUGUUGAGGCGGUGACGGCAGCCAAUGAUGGGGACACUGAAUCCUUCCUCCAAGCCCUCGAGAAGAGCAUCACGGACAAGGGAGAUACGAAGGCAGUGCCGGAGGAGAAAUGAUCCAACAGCAGUUUUGUGGGUAAAAUGCUUCGCUACAUUUAACUAAUUUUUGUUUAUUCUGUGAGCCCUCUUAUAAUCAUUAUUUUGCUCAAAAUACAAUGAGUUUCGCAUCCGG